AUGUCGCCUCCUUCUGCGUCGGCCUCGUCAAGCGGGUCGUCACCGCACAUGGACCGCCUGCUCGGGGACCUCAAACUGCUGGCGGCCUACGACUCCGCUGCAGGAUGGCAGGAGCCGAAAGCCAUGGAAAGCGCCUUUCAGAGUCUUUCUUGGGAUGACCCCGACGUUUUGAAGGCACUUCCUCAGUACCUGAACUGCCGUGGAGAGCAAAAGCGGCGCGUCGAUUUCGCGUACGCGGCGUUGUGCCCGCGACCUGUCGAUGAAAAAGACCCCAAGCAAACCUUGAUGAGUUUGUGGAUGAAAGCACGCCUGUUCUCAUACGACCAGAAACACCCUUUUGUUCUCUCCCCCUUUGCGACCGCCGACAAAUCGACUGCUUCUGCGGGGGCCGUGGCCGCAGACAAACCGUUUUAA